AUGAAAGAGAUCCCUCUGACUGACAAACUUCCCACCGAAAGAGCAUUGGGUAUCUUGUGGGACUUGGAGAGAGAUCAACUUGCAGUACAGGUUCACGUACCAACCAGGCCGGAGACAAAACGUGGCCUCCUCAGUAUGAUUAGCUCUCUUUAUGAUCCAUUUGGCAUCCUUGCUCCAUGUGUUAUUCGAGCCAAAAUGAUCUUUCAAGAAGAAUGCAGACGUAGAACAGGGUGGGAUGAGCUCCUAGCUGACGAGUCGAAGGAUGCGUGGAGAAGGUGGCUGAGAGGGUUACCGCACCUUGAGGGCAUACGGAUUCCACGCUGUUAUCAGCAUGACAUCAAGGAUACUAUAAGUGACAUACAAUUGCAUCACUUCUGCGAUGCGUCUCAACGAGCAUAUGGUGCCGUAUCCUACCUGAGAAUCACAGGCGUGAUGGGAGUACACUAUGUUGCCUUUGUAUACGGCAAGGCCAAGCUGGCCCCACUGAAACAACUAACCAUACCUAGGCUAGAACUGUGUGCAGCUGUAUUAGCUAUAAAGGCAGAUGAGCGAUUACGGAGAGAACUUGACCUGUCUAUCUCGCGGUGA